ACGUGGUCUUUCUCAAAAUAUACACAGAUCCCUAUGGAGUGCAGGGAUGCUACCCAACAUUUCCUCAUUUCCCCUUCCUUCUUCAUAUUCCAUUCUCUUUGUUUUCUUUGAAGUUUUAAACACACCAUCUCCUUUGCUUCUUCUUCUCUAUUCUUUACCCAACUCCACUCUUUCUUCUUCUUCUUCUUCUUCUUCAUUCUUCUUUUAAAUUUGUCAUUUAUAAAAAAGAUAUUGGAGAACAAAUUUAAUUAAAAUGGUGGGUAGGAGAAAAAAAAAAUUGUAAGUAGUUUGUAUCAUGAAUAGUUAGUUGUUUUGUUUUGUCCCCAAUGAUUAAUUUCGGUUCUUGCAGCUAGAAAAAGAAAGAAAAUAGAACAAGAAGAGAAGAUGAAGUCCAUGAAUGAGAAUGAUAAUAGUAAUAAUAAUAACAAUAACAAUAAUAGUUGGUUGGGAUUCUCUCUUUCUCCUCAUAUGAAAAUGGAGGUUUCUUCUUCUGAUCAUCAUCCUUACAAUCAACACCAUUCUCACUCUGCUUCAAAUCCUUUCUACUUGUCUCCUCAUUUCAACAACAGCAAUACUGAAAUCUUUUAUGGAAUUCCUGAUAAUUCCUCUCUCCACCAUCACUCUGCUGCCGCUUCCCUCUCUGUAAUGCCUCUCAAAUCCGAUGGCUCGCUCUGUAUUAUGGAAGCCCUUUCAAGAUCCCAAACCGAAGGGAUGGUACCGAGUUCUUCACCGAAGCUUGAGGAUUUUCUUGGUGGUGCAACAAUGGCGGGUCGAGGAGGCUAUUUCAAUCAAAAUGCUGAAUCUGAAUCCGACAGGGAACAUUCUUUGGACCUUCUCCACAGACCCAUUAGACAAAAUCAACAGAUUUUAAUUCAAAAUUCCAAUCAAUACUAUUCUGGGUUAGUUCCAUCUUCCAUUGGAAUUGGAACUUGCGAUCCCCAUAUUCUUCCCACUGAGAACGACGAAAUCCCUUGCCUUAGAAACUGGGUUUCUCGUUCUCACUACUCCGCCACCCAUAAUACUCUGGAGCAGCACAUUACUGGCGGUGCCGGCGGCGGCGCUCUUGUAAAUGACGGUAGUGGCGGUGGCUCUGCUUCUAUUGGAGGAAUGAGCUGCGGGGAAUUGCAGUCGUUGAGUUUGUCGAUGAGUCCAGGUUCUCAAUCAAGCUCAUUUACGGCUUCCGGCCAGAUCUCCCCUACUGGAGGCGACGGCGCCGCCGUGGAAACUAAAAAAAGAGGUCCCGGAAAACUCUGCCAGAAACAACCCGUUCACCGCAAGUCCAUCGAUACUUUUGGCCAAAGAACCUCCCAGUAUCGUGGCGUCACCAGACAUAGAUGGACUGGGAGAUAUGAAGCUCAUCUGUGGGAUAAUAGUUGCAAGAAAGAAGGGCAAACCAGAAAAGGAAGACAAGUGUAUCUUGGGGGAUAUGAUAUGGAAGAAAAAGCUGCAAGAGCUUACGAUCUUGCUGCCCUCAAGUACUGGGGACCCUCUACCCAUAUAAACUUUCCAUUGGAAAAUUAUCAGACUGAACUUGAAGAAAUGAAGAAUAUGAGCCGCCAAGAAUAUGUUGCUCACUUGAGAAGAAAAAGCAGUGGCUUUUCAAGGGGCGCUUCAGUUUUCCGUGGAGUCACAAGACAUCACCAACAUGGAAGAUGGCAAGCAAGGAUUGGGAGAGUUGCUGGAAACAAAGAUCUCUAUCUUGGGACAUUUAGCACGCAAGAGGAAGCGGCUGAGGCUUAUGACAUUGCAGCAAUCAAAUUCCGCGGUGUAAAUGCAGUCACCAACUUUGACAUUUCCAGAUAUGAUGUAGAGAGAAUCAUGGCUAGUAAUACUCUACUGGCUGGCGAGCUUGCAAGAAGAAACAAGGAUGUCGAACCGAGCAACGAUACGACUGUCGUUCCUUAUGACUCCUCGGUUGUGGCAAACAACAAUGUGGGGAUUGGGAUUGGGAUGGAAAUCAAUCCCGACGACAAUGGCACAAAUGGUAAUGCUAAUGAUUGGAAGAUGGCAUUGUAUCAGAGUCCAUCCCAUCAACAACAACAGAACUGUGUUGCUGAAUCAUUGGAUCAUCAUCAUAAUAAGUCCAUGACUGUACCGGGAGGUUAUCGAAAUGCUUCGUUUUCGAUGGCAUUGCAAGAUUUAAUUGGGAUCGAGUCAUUGAAUGCUAAUACUCAUGGGAUUGAAGAUGGUGUGAGCAAACAAGUGACUCAUUUUUCAAAUUCGUCGUCGUUGGUGACGAGUUUGAGUAGCUCGAGAGAAGGUAGUCCCGACAAGAUGAAUAUGUCAAUGCCGUUUGGAAAGCCCCCACCCUUGAUGGCGUCGAAGCUAAUCGGUACAACGAGUGGGGUUGGGGUUGGGGUUGGUGCGUGGUAUCCAUCCCCACAGCAGCUGAGGCCAACAGCAGCCAUUUCCAUGGCACAUUUGCCUGUUUUUGCAACUUGGAAUGACACUUAAGAAAAACAAAACCCCUUUUCUUUCCCUUGAUUACUUUUGGAUUUAGUUUCUUUUAAAUUUUGGUUUUGCAUGAAGGUGAAUGAAAAGAAAGAAAGCAAGAAAAAUAUGAAUGAUGAUGUCUAGGAGGCAAGAAAAAAAAGAAAACAAGGAAAAAAAAAGAAAAGAAAAGAAGGGAUGGGUUUUGAGAAGAUAGAAUUUUGAUUACAAUCCCUUUAUUAUUAUUUCCUUUUUUUUUUUUCUUUCUAAGUUGUCAGUGGGAGAAAAAUGGGGACUAAAAAAUGGGAAUAGUGGGGCCCAAUUUCUGUGUCUGUAAUCCAUCUUUUUUCAAACCGAACCUUUUGGCUCCUCU